AUGGCGCCCCGCGUGCCCUCCUCCCUCCUCCUCGUCGGCGCCGCCCUGCUCCUGGGCCUGGCGGCCGGCGCGGCGCGGGCGUCCAACGAGGAGGGGGACGCGCUGUACGCGCUGCGGAUGCGGCUGUCGGACCCCAACGGCGUGCUCCAGAGCUGGGAUCCCACCCUCGUCAACCCCUGCACCUGGUUCCACGUCACCUGCGACAGCGCCAGCCGCGUCGUCCGCCUGGAUUUAGGCAACUCCAACGUCUCCGGCUCCAUCGGCCCCGAGCUCAGCCGCCUUGUGAAUCUUCAGUACCUGGAGCUGUACAGGAACAACCUCAACGGCGAGAUCCCAAAAGAGUUGGGCAAGCUGAAGAAUUUGAUCAGCUUGGAUCUGUAUGCCAAUAAGCUCACCGGAAGAAUCCCCAAGUCCCUUUCCAAGCUCAGCUCACUGAGAUUCAUGCGUUUGAACAACAACAAACUUGCUGGAUCAAUUCCACGGGAGCUGGCCAAACUCUCCAACCUGAAAGUCAUUGAUUUGUCUAACAAUGACUUAUGUGGGACGAUCCCCGUCGAUGGUCCAUUCUCAAGCUUCCCUCUUCGAAGCUUCGAGAACAACAGCAGGCUGAACGGCCCGGAGCUGCAAGGAUUGGUUUCCUAUGACUUCGGAUGCUAG